CAAAACACCCCACAACGUCCUUUCGUACAUUCGCACAGGCUUCCUGCCCUCUUUUCUUUCUAACCACUCUUUUCUUUUAUUGCCUCGAUAGGCAUCAUGGACGCGCCUAUUGAUUUCGACAUUAACGAGUCGCUGAAAAAUUAUGACAUCGACCCUACGACAAUCGCGACACCAGAGGCACCUUCAGAGCUCGUCGAUUGCGAGCAUGAUCCAGAAUCACUGACGCCUGCCUUGAUCAACAGUGUAUUGAAUCCAGUGGUUGACGAUGUGGCCCGGAGUCCGGAUGCGAUUACUCGAAGCUCUAAUUUCGACACACUGCAAUUCCUCCUCAAGUCUUCUUCACAAAUACCCCAUGCUACACUUAGCAAAAUCCUCGAUUUGAUACCCUCUGCGUUAUCCGCCCAAGCAGACUUGGUCCAUGCCGAUAUAGAAGCAGAUGAGCAAGAGGAGAUCGCUGUACACAAGCGUCUAUUGGAGAUCUAUGGCUUUUUGUUGCGGUGGACAAUAUCUGCGGUAGAAACCAGGGCAUUGGAAAAGUCCGCUUCCGCUCCCCCAAAAGCACGAGGCAAGGGUGCCAAGUCCAAAAAUGGGUUGGCAAAAGAUGGUAGCUGGGAUGCUUCAGGACAAUUGAUGAAUGCUUUGGAGGUCAUGUGCAAAGUGCUGAAGCUGAAGUUGUCAAGGAUAUUCGUGACGACCUCGGAGCGAGACACCUUUGUUCAGUUAUUUACCAAACCAAUUUACCAGAUCUUUGAGAAUGAGGCCAGAGUUAAAAGCACGGCGAUAAAAAUGCACUGCUUUCGAGUGCUUUGUAUAGCUGUCAAACAUCAUGGCCAUGCGUCAGACGCCCAGAUAGCUAUCAACCAGAGCCUGCUAUACUACGAGCAUCUCUCUGAACCGAUGGCCGAAUUUCUGCAAAUCUUAUCGGAACAGUACGAUUAUUCUCAGCUCACUGAAGAGGUGCUGAAGGAUAUGAGUAUGAUUGAGUUCAGUAGCAACGAUCUCAAGGGUCCCAAAUCAGUUUCCACUUUCCUGGCCAAAGUAUCCGAAUUGACGCCACAACUCAUCAUGAAACAAAUGACACUUCUUGCGAAUCUCCUUGACAGCGAAUCGUAUACUUUGCGAUGCGCCAUGAUUGAGGUUUGCGGCAACCUGAUCGCGUUAAUCAGCAAACAGCCGGAUGCAGAACGAAGCGAGAAUCAAGCAGCGCAAAUCGAAAUCUACUUCGAUGUCUUGGAAGAGCGUUUCCGUGACAUCAAUCCGUACUGCCGGUGUCGAGUUAUGCAAGUCUAUGUAAAACUAUGCGACCUACAGCAGAAGUUCCCCAAGAGGCGGUUGGCCGUCGCUGAUCUUGCCACACGAAGUCUCGAGGACAAGAGUAGCAAUGUACGACGAAAUGCCAUUAAACUACUUGGAAAGCUGGUCUCUACCCAUCCCUACUCUGGACUCAACGGCGGUUUGCUCCCGGCGAAGGCAUGGGCCGCGAAGCUGGAGGCAUGCGAGAAUGAUAUCAACGCUCUCAAGCCUCCGGAGGAGUUACGCGAAAGGUCCGAUCCAGAAGACCAAACGCUAGCUGAGUCUGCAUUGGCCGAUGCCACGCAAGUGGAUGCUACCAUAACUGAAGGUCCAAAGCACCCAGCCGAGAUGACAGAGGAACAGAAGGCUGCAAUCAUAGCAAAGGCUCAAAAAGAGGCAGCCACAACUGAGAUGCUCAAUGUUCUCCAAGAUACACGAAAGAGAAUCAAGGAGGUUCUAUACUUCAUUGGGGCAAUCGAUGAUGCAGCGGAGAUCGUCACCCAACUUUUGUCUUCCAAGAACAAGAGUGAAGUUAUCGAAGCCAUGGACUUCUUCACCAUCAUCGACGCUUACAAGUUUGAGAAUGCUCGCAUGGGUAUCAAGCGGAUGUUGCGACUGAUCUGGACAAAAGGCAAUAGCGACGAAGGGAAGGGAGUUCAAACGCAUCUCAUUGAGUGCUACAAAGCAUUGUUCUUCGAUGCACCGCCCGAUCGUGAUGCCGCUACUUACAUCGCGAACAAUAUGAUCAGUCUUACAUUCGGCACCACGCCUGCCGAACUCACGUCCCUCGAACAGUUACUCAGUACGAUGAUGAAACAAGGACUAGUAAAGGCUCCAGUGAUCCAGCGGCUAUGGGCGAUAUACGGUCACCAGCGAAGGGACAAAUCAAAGAGCCAGCGACGUGGUGCUAUAAUUGUCCUUGGUAUGCUUGCCUUGGCCGAGCCCAAUAUCAUAAUACAAGAGAUGGAAACAUGUCUGCGCAUCGGCUUGGGUGAGCUUGGUCGUCGUGACCUUGGCCUCGCUCGAUACACUUGCAUCGCCCUUCGUCGCAUUAGCCCACCACCAGGCAAGAUUUCCGCUGCUGCUGCAUCAACACCCGUGGUAAAAUUGCCAAACGAUCAUGCUGUUCUAGUCAGACUAGCGGCUAUGUGCGAAAUCGUUUCGGACAACAAAGAGUGGUUCGGCGUUGCUGAGCAAGCUAUUAGUGCUAUCUACGUUCUGUCCAAACAUCCCGAUGUUCUGUGUUCUGAGAUUCUGAGGCGGAAGACAAAGUACGUGUUCUCACACCAAGCACAACAGAAACCGCCUACUGCUCUGGAAACGAACGAAACCAGCCAGCUGUCCGCACAGGCGGACGAGGAUGUGAUCAUGGAAGAUGCACCUGCGGAAAGCCCUGCAGUAGAUGUUCCUGAAGAAAGGCAACAGAACCCGGCACUUGCGCUUUCUCAACUGCUGUUCAUCGUGGGCCAUGUCGCCAUCAAACAGAUCGUGCAUCUAGAACUAUGCGAGCUUGAAUUUAAACGCCGAAAAGCCGAAAAGGAGAAGAAGGCACCAAUCCGCGAGUCUGUCGCCUCAGAAAUUGCCACACCAGCCAAGAGGGGAAGGAGAAAGGUAUCUGGUAAGGAGCCGACACCGGCACCUGCAGAAGCUGACGAGUUGGACCUCAUGGCUGGAACUACCGAGGACGACUUCACGGAGGCCAUCGCACACAUCCGAGAGCGUGAGCUUCUUUACGGUCCGCAGUCUUUGCUCGCCAAUUUUGGGCCCAUGGUUUCCGAGAUAUGUGCCAAUAACACCUCCUACAACAACCAGACGUUGCAAGCUCAAGCAGCACUUUGUCUUGCCAAGCUGAUGUGUGUCAGCUCUGAAUACUGCGAAGGAAAUCUUGGGCUCCUAUUGACCAUACUUGAACGGUCAAAGGAUGCGGUGGUCCGCAGCAAUCUUGUUGUUUCACUUGGUGACAUGGCUGUUUGCUUUAACCAUCUCAUUGACGAAAAUACCGACUAUCUGUACCGGCGUCUAAAUGACAACGAUCCAAGCGUCAAGCGAACCUGUCUCAUGACUCUUACGUUCCUUAUUCUAGCCGGUCAAGUCAAAGUUAAGGGGCAGCUUAGUGAAAUGGCGAAAUGUCUCGAAGACAGCGACAAGAAGAUUGCAGAUAUGGCCCGCAUGUUCUUCACUGAGCUUGCAACGAAAGAUAACGCGGUGUACAACCAAUUCGUUGACAUGUUCAGUGUCUUGAGUGCAGAUACCGGGUUGGACGAGGACGCAUUCAAGAGAAUCGUGAAGUUCCUAGCUGGGUUCAUUGAGAAGGAUAAGCAUGCUAAACAGCUUGCAACGAAGAUUGCUGCUAGACUUCCUCGUGCGGAAAAUGAAAGGCAGUGGAAUGAUGCAGCCUAUGUUUUGGGUCUCCUACAACACAAGGACGAGGAGAUUCAAAAGGUGGUCGCCGAAGGCUUCAAAGUCGUCCAGGCAAAUGCGUAACGGGCUGCGAUACUACUAAUAAAUGCAUGAUUGGAAAUGAUACCCGGGCUAUUGCGAUCGGCCAGUGCACAGCACCUGGCUUUGCAAUGGCGAAGGCGUUCAGGUCGGGGCCCCAUUUCUGCUUGCUUGUUUCACAUCAACGUUUUAUGACAAGAAUCGAAAUUUUAAUCUAUCUACUACAUAUACAUAUCCCUUU